AUAUACGAGAAGAAGAUGGACUACUAUGUGCCGCUUCAACAGGACGAAAUGUGUGAAAAAGUAACAUUGCCACGGUAUACGCCUCACAUUUUGGGGAGGAGAUUGGCAUUGACGUCCACAGCGUAUAAAUAUCUCGACAUUGGAAUCAGCGUAGGACCAACAUCGUUUAUGGAGAUACUUAUUGGUGACAAUCGAGGCAAUCAAAUAAUUCUGGCUCAUGCAAUGUGGACAGCACUGUUCCAGAAACGUGCGGACAUUGAACGACUCGUGCAGUCGACUUCUCCUUCCUCAGCAUUACCGAUUCAAGAUCUUAUUGUACAACUCAUUAAACUGAGUAAUGAAAAUAUUGUUAAAUUAACAUUACGCGAUACUUGCAUGUAUUUGAAACCAAAAACUGUACUUUUUCUGUUUGAGCUCGAACAAUGCGUCGAGCAUAUAUAUUACUCUUUAUAUCAAUAUACAUAUACAGUGAGCGAAAAAUAUAAACAUUUUGUAACCCUUUUACACCAAAAUUAUGUUAAUAAUAAAUGCGAUGCGGCAAAACUCUUGCGAGAAAAAUAUGAUAAAACUUUGCUUUUAGAAUGUAAAAUGUUAGCUUACGCUUUAGAUAAUAUUGUACAUGAUGCAUUACAUGACAAAUAAAUAAGAAAAAAUUGAAAUAUUGUAACGAUGUCUUCAAUAUUAUCUUUUCCUAUUCAACUAUUGUCCCUUAAAAGAUAAAGCAUUAGUCACCCCAUAUUCAAGCGAGAACAAUGUGUGCGGGCGAGAGAAAGAGAAAACCAUGUACAAUAGCUGUAACGUGUGCGAGUGAGAACGUGCACGAAAAAGGGAGAGAAAGCGAUACGUUUAUUCCCAAAUAAUUGUUAUUUGCUAAACUAAUUUUUUUAAU